CGUUGUACGAACGCAUGCGUGCCAAUGGCCGUGCCUCUCUGGCGGUGUCUCUUCUCUCACUUUUGAUCAGCAUCUCGUGGCGGAAGGACGUGUUUUCUCUGGCAGUCGCGACCGUUCGUUUGUGAACCCAUUACCACGGUACAGCCGAGUGAAGGAUAACGUCCUCUUUUGCAAGUUCUAAGUUGAAUUCAGCAAAUAGCAGCAGUUCAGUGCACCCAACGGUUUGUUCUGUCGUGUGUUCUAUCUUGCUAGUGUACAACCCGUUUUUGGUGACAGUUUUUGCAGUGUUUGACGAGCCAAAGAGAAAGAGAGAAAGAGAGAGGAGUGUUAUCGCAAAACGAAAAAUAAAACAAGUGAAAAAAUGAAAGCCAUCACCGCGGUUUGUGCGACGGGUGCCUCGGUUCCGGCCAUCGCCUCUGGCCGUGUCCGGCAGCGCCACCGUGAGGUCGAGAACGAUCCCGAGAUUCAGAUGUACCUGUCGAAGCUGAAGGACCUGGUACCGUUCAUGGCGAAGGAUCGGAAAAUGUCCAAACUGGAGGUGAUACAGAACGUCAUCGACUACAUCUGCGAGCUGCAGAACACUCUCGCACACGCCGACGCUUCGACCGACGCAUCUGCGCCGGUCGAACCACGGCAGCCCCUGGGGGUUCGGCCUGCCGCUCCCAACACCAUCCUGGCAUCCAACAAUCCCGGUACCACCAACACCAACGGCGGAAGUAUCACCAACAGCAGCAGCAACAGUAACAGCAAUAGCAGCAGCAACAACAACAGCAGCAGUAGCAGCAACAACAGCAGUAGCAACAACAGCAGUAGUCUCAACAGCACCUUCACCUCCAAUUCCACUGCUUCUGGCGCCAGCGAAGCAACCCUGCAGCAGAUGAACGACACAGAGAUGCUGCCAUCGUGCUAGGGGAGCUGUUAAAGUGAAGCGCGAGGAAGCGAAGGGGGUGAUAUGUUUCAUCAUGCUGGGUGUGUGUGUGUGUGUGUGUGUGUGCUCCUCCUGGGGGUCGUCCCAUAGGGCGUCGAGACGGAAACGCAGAGUGUGCGAAGGAGAAGAGGAAGAAGAAGGAGAGCGUGCACGUCGAUCCCUUAUUAAAUGCGGUGCAAUAAAGCCACACAACACAACACGACUACUACUACUA